UAGAGAAGAGGAAACUUCUGAGGAGAUGGUACCAGGUUAUACAGCGGCAUUUGCACAUUAUUAAGAAGAGGGUCAAGAGCUGAGCUGAGCUACUGCCACCGACCUGCCCCGGGGUGUCUUUGACCGCACAGGGUAUCUCUGGCGCUGGACCAUGAGCUGGGAGCUGCUGGUGGCGGCACUUCUCCUGCUGCAGGGGCUGCUGAGCGGCGUGGAGUCUGCGGCAUGUAACGGAUGUGGAACGAGCAAAUGUGACUGCACUGGAGUGAAAGGACAAAAAGGAGAUAGAGGAUUGUCGGGUCUACCUGGCGUAAUUGGGUUUCCUGGAUUUCAAGGACCAGAGGGGGCACCUGGACCCUUGGGUCAGAAGGGUGACACCGGUGAGCCAGGACUUCCAGGCACAAAAGGAAACAGAGGCCCUCCUGGAUCUGCUGGAUUUCCUGGAAACCCUGGUCUUCCUGGCAUACCUGGACAGGAUGGCCCUCCUGGCCCAAUAGGAAUUCCAGGUUGCAACGGUACAAAGGGUGAAAGGGGACCACUUGGCCCUCCUGGACUUCCAGGAUUACUUGGCUAUCCAGGCCCCCCAGGAUUACAAGGAAUUAAGGGUGAUCCUGGAGAUUUUAUCGGUUUAAAUGGAUUGCAGACAAAAGGGGAGAAAGGUUUACCAGGAAUUAAUGGUUUACCAGGAACUCCUGGAUUGCCAGGUUUAGAAGGUCCAGUGGGGCCACUCGGACCAUCAGGUCGUCCGGGAUUACCUGGACCACCAGGCCUACCAGGAUCAAAGGGCUCAAUGGGCCUAAGUUUCCAAGGAGCACAGGGUCAGAAGGGUGAACCAGGACCUCAAGGACCUCAAGGACCCCAUUGUGAAGCAUCCGCUGGCAGUACUAAUUGUUCAGUAUUGUAUAAGGGAGAUAAGGGUAUGGCAGGCGAUAAAGGUGACCAGGGAAUUCCGGGAAGUCCUGGAUUAAGCAUCAGAGGUGAAAAAGGAGAGCCUGGAAAACAAGGACCAAGAGGGAAACCUGGAAAAGAUGGAGAAAAGGGAGAAAGGGGAUUUGAUGGAAACCCAGGUAGCCCAGGUUUUCAUGGAAUUCCAGGACAACCUGGACAAAAAGGGGUAAAAGGGGAUUCCGGACCACAGGGACCUCCAGGAAUCGUAAUACAUGAUGGUCAGCACACUGUUACUGGGGAGAAAGGAGACGCUGGACCACCUGGCUAUCCUGGUAGAGAAGGAGAGAAGGGCGCUAAAGGUACAUCUGGAAUACCUGGACUUCCUGGACUACCAGGUCUACCUAUUUCUGGUCCACCUGGAGCACCUGGAUUUACAGGAGAUAGAGGUGAAAAAGGAGAACAUGGAAUACCUGGGUUAUCUCUAACUGGACAAAAGGGCAGAGAAGGGCCACCUGGAUCUCCUGGAUUGCCUGGUCCACCAGGCAAAAUAGAUCCAACUCAGGAAUGCAUUCCUGGACAGCCCGGUGACACAGGAUCACCUGGAUUUCCGGGUCAACAAGGAUUUACAGGAGAAAGUGGACAGAAAGGUGAUAAAGGAGAUGGUUGCCCAGCAUGUGACACCCUGCCAUCACCACUUCCCGGGCCACCAGGUCCUCAAGGUCAUCCUGGACCAGCAGGUGCUUCUGGCCAACCAGGAAUCAAGGGAGACAGAGGAAAGACAGGUUUUGAUGGCUUACCGGGAGCACCUGGACUACAGGGUAUUCCUGGUCAGACAGGGAAAUCGGGAGAAAAAGGAGCACCUGGGGAGGUGUAUUUUGAACCUAGGCUGAAAGGUGAUAAAGGAGAUCCUGGUAUCCCAGGACAGCCAGGUUUUACUGGAAGAGAAGGAAGACCUGGAAGAGAUGGUCAGCCAGGCCAGCCUGGUCCCAGAGGUGUUUCAGGAGGAAUUGGUGCAAAAGGGGAACCUGGUCCAGCUGGGGACAGCGGUUUUCCUGGUAUACCCGGAGAACAAGGUUUUCCAGGGCCUCCAGGAGCAGGUCCAGCAGGACAACCUGGGGAAAGGGGAGAUCCUGGAGUGCCUGGAUUUGCAGGGUUACCUGGCAACCCAGGGAGUAAAGGUGAACCUGGAAAAGCCACUAUUAUAAGUGGACCGCCAGGCCCAAUGGGAAAUGCAGGAUCUCCAGGAUUCCCGGGAAAUCCAGGAGAGAAGGGCGCUCCUGGAUUCCCAGGACGAUCUGGGUUCCCUGGAGAAAAGGGUGAACCUGGUGUUGAGGGUAAAGGAAUUCCUGGGCCUCCAGGUGAAAAAGGUUAUCAAGGAAUGGAUGGUCCACGGGGCGUAGAUGGCAUUUCUGGUCAACCGGGUCGUGAUGGUUUACCUGGCGUGCAAGGAUUGCCAGGACAGAAAGGUGACCCAGGGCAAGGUCUUCCAGGACCUAAAGGCCUAGCUGGACCACCGGGUCCUUCUGGAUUCUCUGGAGAGAAAGGAAAUACAGGGCAAGCGGGUAUCCCUGGAGAACAAGGUCUUCCAGGAAUUCCAGGUUAUUCAGGGGCUAAAGGUGAUACUGGUCCUUCUGGAGCACCUGGCUUACGAGGUAACCCUGGAGUUCCAGGAUUUGGUCCACAGGGAGAACCAGGGCUUCAGGGGCCACCAGGGUCCCCAGGAGUUUCAGGUCCCAUUGGCCCAAAAGGAGAGCGUGGUCAUCCUGGUUUCCCUGGGACAGAUAUGCCAGGACCAAAGGGAGAUAAGGGGACAUCAGGUUUUCCUGGAGUCAUGGGCAUGCCAGGGUUACCUGGGCAACAAGGUGGACCAGGAAAAGAUGGGGAUCCAGGAGCACAAGGACAAAAAGGUGAAAUGGGUUUUAUGGGAGUUCCAGGAAUCCCAGGUCAACUAGGUGCACCAGGAAGUCCAGGACAAUUUGGGGAAAAAGGUGAUCCUGGUCUUCCUGGACUCCGCGGUGAGAUAGGAUUCCCAGGCUUUAAAGGUGAAAAGGGAGAAUCAGGUAUACAGGGAUUUCCAGGAACAAUUACAGACAUGGAAAGCAUGAAGGGUGACAAAGGAGAGCAAGGCGAAACAGGAUUUACUGGAUUUGAAGGAGAAAAGGGUUCACAGGGUGAUUUGGGAAGCCCCGGAAUACGUGGGAAAGACGGAGAGCCAGGAAUGCCAGGGAAGCCAGGACCAAAAGGAGAGAAGGGUGUCCCAGGAUUACCAGGAUCUCCGGGAGCUUUUGGUGACAAGGGAGCAAUUGGAGAAAUGGGUUUGCCAGGGUUUGCUGGACCAAAGGGUGAGCAUGGAACUCAGGGCACUCCAGGUAUGCCUGGGGUCUCUGGGACCAAAGGUGAAAAAGGAUUGAAAGGAGAAGAUGGUCUUCCAGGUGUUGGGAUUCCAGGGCUUCCUGGUAUAAAGGGUGAUGCUGGUCCCGAUGGUCCUGCAGGUUUCCCAGGGGAAAGGGGUGAAAAAGGUCAAGCUGGCAUCCCAGGCAUGCCUGGAUUACCUGGAUUAAAAGGAGCAGCGGGGACAGAAGGAUAUCCUGGCAGCCCAGGAAUACCUGGUGACAAAGGAGCCAAAGGCUUCCCUGGAUCGCAUGGCAUUCCCGGUUUCAAAGGACAACCAGGUGAAUCUGGAAUUGUCGGGAUCCCUGGUUCAACUGGAGAAAAAGGUGAACGUGGCCAUGAUGGGAUCCCAGGAACACCUGGUGAAAAGGGAGAUCCAGGAUUGCCAGGGAGAGGAUUUCCAGGAUUUCCUGGAGAACGGGGAGAAAAAGGAAUCAAAGGUGAUGUUGGUUUCCCUGGCUCUCCUGGAGCCACCGGCAUACCAGGAUUUAAAGGUGAUCAAGGGUUUCCUGGAGCUCAGGGCCCACAAGGGCCAGCAGGUUUUCCUGGACAGCCUGGAAUAGCAAUGGAAGGACCUAAAGGUGAUAGAGGACACCCAGGUUCACCAGGAUUUCCAGGUGCCCCAGGUGCUGUGGGUGUCCCUGGUUCUCCAGGGCAGAAUGGUCUAAAAGGAGAUAAAGGAGAUGCAGGUUGGCCUGGAGCUCCUGGCUUUCAGGGAGUUAAAGGUGAACCUGGAAUUCAAGGACCUCCUGGUGAUAUAGGUGUGUCAGGUCUACCAGGAGAUAAAGGAGAUAUAGGUCCUCAAGGAUUUUCUGGAAUACCAGGCAUAAAAGGCUCAGAAGGUCCCAGUGGACAGAAAGGAGAAGAGGGAGAUGGGGGUCCUCAAGGGCAGAAAGGCUCACAGGGUCCCCCAGGGCCUGCAGUCGAGUCCCAGGUAUUCAAAGGAGAUCCUGGUCCACCUGGACCCAUAGGCCCUAUUGGCCCUAAAGGAAUUUCUGGAUCCCCUGGUCCUAAAGGAGACAAAGGUCCAGUUGGGGCAGUUGGAUUGCCUGGGCCAGCUGGAUUGCCAGGACUUAAUGGCAACCCGGGUAACAAAGGAGAUCCUGGAAACAGUGGCCCAACUGGUCCAAGAGGCUAUCCAGGUCCACCAGGUUCAGAGGGCUUACCCGGCCCAAUUGGCUUACCUGGAUCCCCUUCUAUGGCGCAUGGCUUCCUUGUGACAAGGCACAGUCAGACAACGGAAGAGCCUCAGUGCCCUCUUGGGACAGUUCCAGUAUACACUGGUUACUCGUUGCUCUAUAUUCAGGGAAAUGAAAGAGCACAUGGUCAGGAUCUCGGUGCUGCUGGAAGCUGUCUCCGUAAAUUCAGCACUAUGCCUUUCCUGUUUUGUAAUAUUAAUAAUGUAUGCAACUUUGCAUCAAGGAAUGAUUAUUCCUAUUGGCUAUCCACUCCCGAACCAAUGCCAAUGAGCAUGGCUCCCAUUUCAGGGGAGAAUAUAAAACCUUUCAUCAGCAGGUGCAGUGUCUGCGAAGCACCUGCUAUGGUAAUGGCAGUCCAUAGCCAGACAAUCCAAAUACCGCAGUGUCCAGAUGGAUGGAUGUCACUAUGGAUUGGGUAUUCAUUUGUAAUGCAAACCAGUGCUGGUGCUGAAGGCUCUGGUCAGGCUCUGGCCUCACCAGGCUCUUGCCUGGAAGAAUUCCGCAGUGUACCAUACAUUGAGUGCCAUGGACGAGGAACUUGCAACUAUUAUGCCAAUACUUACAGCUUUUGGCUUGCUACUAUAGAGAAGAGUGAAAUGUUCAAGAAACCUACACCUUCAACUCUCAAAGCCGGAGAUCUCCGAACCCAUGUCAGCCGCUGUCAAGUAUGCAUGAGGAGGACUUAAUAGAAUAGAGUAAUUCAACAUAUGGUGCUAUUUGUUUAACAUGAAAAGCCAAAUACUUUAUCAAUGUACCUCACUAUAGUACAACAAGAAAACAGUAAAGUGCGUUAUAAGAACUCUCAUAACUAGCCCUGUUUUACUGAUCCUUGUCCGCUCAAAGAGGAAAGAAUACCAAGACUAGAUGCUUUUAUGGCAUACAAGAUGGCACUUUGAAAUGACAUAGUAUAUAAUAUAAUGCACUGAUGCUUUAUAACAGCAGAAGCUGACUUCUUAAUUCAUAAGGUGCUAGGAGAUAUACAGUACCUUAUGCUGUGACUCCACUUAUUCUUGUACUAUAUUUUUUAGGUUCUGUUUCAGAAAUAUAAAUAUUUGUUAUCAUUGUAUAAUUUUUGUUUUCUACAUAUGAAUUGUCUGUAUAAAGUAAAACAGAGAUACAGUAUUUUAAAGCUAAAGAUUUAAAACAAGAAAUACUUAUUUUUUGCUCCAUCUUUCCAUAAAAGUGAAAACCGCAAAAAGACACCAAUUGGCAGAAGAUAAUAGCUUAUGUCUUUUGUUAAUCAAAUUUAUGUUUCAUCUUGUACUGUAGCUAAGAAGAAAAAAAAAUUACAAAAGUGAAAAGUUACACUACCUUUAGUGUAAAGUGGAAAGGUAGUGGAAUUGUAGUCCAGCGCCCUCUAGCUGGAGAUCCGGGUACUGCUGUAUGCAGCUGUUUUUCCCCCACAGUAUAGCAGCAGCUCCUAUUACAGCCCUGGCUGAAAAACAACCAUUCACAAGUUACAAUCAAGAGAUUAUGGAAAUUGGUUGGCCUUCCCUUACUCUUCCCCAUUCACAACAAUGAUAAGUAGGUUAAGAAAAUCUAUUUAUUGGUUGUGCUCUACAUUACAGAGUCAUUCAGGGAAAAUGGCUCCAUAUAGCAAGCUCCAAGGAUCUAGGUAGCGUAGUGAGGAUAUGUACUACAACUAGGUGGGAAUGUAGAUUUCUUAUAUCAAAUAAUGCAGGUUGUUACUAACUGGAGCUUCUAAAACUGCUAAUUAUUUUCUCAUAAAGCUUCUCUAUUGCGAGAGACAUUUCCCUGUUUUCCAUAGAAUGCAAGAAAAUAUUGACAGAGAAAGGCUUAAGAUACAUAUACAUUAUAAUUACAAUACAUUCCUAAGUAUACAAGUAAAAUACACGUGCCAAAUGCAAUACCUUCUAAUAAAUCUAUAGUUUUCCAGCACAACCUAUAUUUUAGUAAUUUAUGUCAGUAAUAAAAGAGUAUACACUAAUUUUUAUAUAUAAAUGUUUUAUAUAUAUAUAUAUAUAUAUAUAUAUAUACUGUAUCAUGUGGUUUUAUUCUUUACACAAUUAUUCCACCAAUAACACUAAAAAAUUUUCAAUUUACAACUUUUUCUGUUCUAGUAAUUUAGAUUUUACCAAUAGGAAGGCCUGGCAAGAUUUCACACUUUGCCAACAGAUAGGCCUUGUAAGAUGUCACACUUUGCCAACAGAUAGGCCUGGUAAGAUGUCACACUUUGCCAACAGAUAGGCCUUGUAAGAUGUCACACUUUGCCAACAGAUAGGCCUGGUAAGAUGUCACACUUUGCCAACAGAUAGGCCUGGUAAGAUGUCACACUUUGCCAACAGAUAGGCCUGGUAAGAUGUCACACUUUGCCAACAGAUAGGCCUGGUAAGAUGUCACACUUUGCCAACAGAUAGGCAGAAAUAAUAACAGUUUUCUUAGCAUAUCCUCUAUGAAACAAAUGGGUGCAUAUUACUAUUACUGUAGGUGCAACGUAUGUUAGCAGGAUGUCUCAGUAUUCGUCACAGUGCAUUAACAACUGUACAUGCUAAGAAUAUACCAUUAUUAUACAUACUGCACACAUAGGGGCUGACUCUGAGUUGGACGCAGCUGCGGCUGUCCUUACAUCUUUUGUCGCAGUUGCGUGUGAGACUCUAUGCUAUUCCCGCUACAAAGCCCUUCCCUGGUGUACACCCGUAUGCCUGAAUGUGCAAGGACUGAGAUUCCCACUGUCAGCAUCUGUAUUUUGGUACGUCUUUAGAUGCCACCAUUGGUCACACCAUCGAAAAUUGCUCCAGUACUAUGUCAGGUGUAGUUUCGCCAUCUAAGUGUGGCCUGUUAUGUAAGCAUUUCAGCAUUUCAGCGACAUGCCCAAUACACUCCUGCAACAAUCCCAGAAGACGCAACAUCUUUGUGUGUCUUUUUAGCCACCCGCCUGUUAUCUACCAAUUAACAUCUAGGAAUGGUCCAUACACUUCUGUUACUGUGUGUCCAAAUCUUUACUGUGACUCUGUAAUUACAAAAUCAGAACGCAUGCGUGGUGCUACUUAAACGCAUAUGCGGUGCUACUCAGACACAUACACAUACAGAAAAACAUGACUCCACUGCUCCUGACUCAGAAUCAGACCCAUAGUGCAUUGGUCCAGGCUACAUUUACCAGACCUCGAAACAUCAGUCAUCAAUAGAUCAUCACUACAUAGGUUACACUCAUUGUGGACUGUGAUAAUUAGCAGAGUGAUGAUCAUUGCAAUCUAGUAAUCAUUAUUCUGCAGGGGCUGAACGUGGUAUUUCUGUGUCCCAUAGCAUAAUUUGGGGGAGGGCCUGACAAAGCCGAAUCCACACUUUGCUCUCUUCACACAUGCGAAAGGCAGGAAGAUGUGUAGUUCAGUCCAUUCUUGGGAGGAAUCUGUAAGGUGCAAUUCUAAAACACUGUAGAUACUGUAAAAUGAAGCUAGAUCAAUUGCAUUUGUGUGACGGAAUGUGACAAAAUAUAAAUGUGAGAGAGUGAAAAUCUGCAGUGAUAAGGCUAUAUUUAAGGGAGUUGGAGAAACCAUUUACAGUGCCUUGCUAAAGUAUUCACCCCCCUUUGCAUUUUUCAUGUUUUGUUGCCUCAGAACCUGGAAUUAAUUUCAGAAUUUUAUUCACAAAACAUGGCUACAACUUUGAAGAUGUUUUUUAUUUUUUUAUUUUGAAGCAAACAACAAAUAGGACAAAACAACAGAAAACUUCAGCGUGCAUAACUAUUGACCCUCCUAAAGUCAGUACUUUGUAGAGCCACCUUUUGCGGCAAUUACAGCUGCAAGUCGCUUUGGACAAGUCUCUAUGAGCUUGCCACUGGGAUUUUUGCCCAUUCGGAAACCAUCCAACUGCUCCAGCUCCUUCAUGUUGGAUGGUUUCCGCUUGUGAACAGCAAUCUUCAAGUCUGACCACAGAUUCUCAAUUGGAUUGAGAUGUAGGCUUUGACUAGGCCAUUCCAACACAUUUAAAUGUUUCCCCUUAAACCACUCGAGUGUUGCUUUAGCAGUAUGCUUUGGGUCAUUGUCCUGCUGGAAGGUGAACCUCCAACCCAGUCUCAAAUCACAGGCAGACUGAAAAAGCUUUUGCUCAAGAAUAUCCCUGUAUUUAGCACCAUCCAUCUUUCCCUCGACUCGAAACAGUUUCCAAGUCCCUGCUGCUGAAAACAUCCCCACAGCAUGAUACUGCCACAACCAUGUUUCACUGUGGGGAUGGUGUUCUUGGGAUGAUGGGAUGUGUUGGGUUUGCACCAGACAUAGCGUUUUCCUUGGUGGCUGAAAAGUUACAUUUUAGUCUCAUCUGACCAGAGCACCUUCCUCCAUACAUUUGGGGAGUCGUCCACAUGCCUUUUGGCAAACUCAAAACGUGCCUUCUUAUUUUUAACACUGAGUAAUGGCUUUUUUCUGGCAACUCUUCCAUAAAGCCCAGCUCUAUAGAGUGUACGGCUUAUUGUGUUCACAUACGCAGAUACACCAGUCUCUGCUGCGGAAUUCUGCAGCUCCUUCAGGGUUGCCUUUGGUCUCUGUGCUGCCUCUCUGAUUAAUGCCCCAUUCCCCGGUCUGUGAGUUUUGGUGGCCAUCCCUCUCUUGGCAGGUUUGUUGUGGUACCAUGUUGUUUCCAUUUGAAGAUGAUGGAUUUGAUGGUGCUCCGGGGGAUCAUCAAAGAUUUGGAUAUUUUUUUAUAACCCAAUCCUGACUUGUACUUCUCAACAACUUUGUCCCUGACUUGUUUGGAGAGCUCCUUGGUCUUCAUGGUGUGAUGCCUCUUGCUUAGUGGUGGUGUAGCCUCUGGGGCCUUUCAGAAAAGGUGUGUUUAUACUGACAGAUCAUGUGCCACUUAGAUUGCACACAGGUGGACUUCAUUUCACUAAUUAUGUGACUUCUAAAGGUAAUUGGUUGCGCCAGAACUUUUGAGGGGCUUCAUAGCAAAGGGGGUGAAUACAUAUGCACAUGCCAAUUUUAAAAAUUUUCUGUAUAAAAAUUCUGUUUUAUAUAAAUUUUUCUCAUUUCACUUCACCAACUUAGACUAUUUUGUGAGUAUCCAUCACAUAAAAUUCAGAUUAAAAAAAUUAAUAAAUUACAGAUUGUAAUGUAACGAAAAAGCCAAGGGGGUGAAUACUUUAGCAAGGCACUGUAUGUAGAGGAUAUACCAUACAAAACUAUGUUUACCAAUUAUAUUCCUAUGUUAAAUAAUCUAACAAUGGGUCCAUUAGCAGUUCCAUGAGCUCAGUCCGGUUUGUUAUUAAAGUUGAUAUUUAAAACUUUGCGUCAGAUUUGUAUUUUUUAUGUUUUUUAGAAUAGUAUAUCUUACAGUGUUACUGAAACCUAAAAAAAGUUUUCUAGAACUUGAAGAAUCACAGAAAUUUGAUGAACUAAUGUUAUUUUGUUUUUCAAUUGUUAAUUCCCUGAAUUGGUUUUUGUGAUUGUGCAUAACAGAAAAAUUCCAAUUUGUAAUAAAACCACUUGUGUAUUUUUUUACUGAUGGACUACUUUAAAAUGA